AAUCGGCGUUUGUUGUCUUAUUACUCGAUGUCGAUGCGAUUGCGACAUAUUAUAGAGAGUAGGACCGUUGGUUUUUUGGUGUUUUUGUGAUUAGAACAAUUUUUAGUUUGUUUGUGUGGAAUUUAUUAACUGAUUGAAGUUCGUCUGUAGAAGCAUCUUGCCUUAUGUACCCGGAGCAAUUUUCUAAUGCUAAACCACCAUCACCGUCAUCGUUGUCGCCAUUCACCCCCCACCCGCCUCGUUACCGUAGGAUGCCCACAAUACCAACAACUGUGCAUUCCGACCAGGGGGUGAGCUGAUCUCGAAGAAAAUGGCCACCGACAUGCGGUCUCCGAACGUCUCCGUCACCCCCAUAAACGUGGAGCCAUAUCCUCCUCCCGGAGAGCCUCCGCAAAGGACCAGAAGCGCUCCUCAUCCAGCAGCUCUCAUUUCAAAUGGCACUGUGGACGUUCUGGACAGCUCGGACGCCGAGGUAGCGAGAAUAGACUUCCAGUCUGUAAACAUGCGGUCCAAAAUAAAGAGGGAAGACAUUCCAAGGCCGAUGAGUUGGGAGGGGGAACUGUCAGACGGAGAAAGAGAAGGGAUGUGCAUCGACGAAGAAAAUUCGGCGCCGGUACCUGAAAAUCUGUCACUUCCUCCUUCGAAGCCGCCUUAUAUUAACGACUCGAAAGAAAGUCCCGUUCUUAGACUGAAGCAGCCACCUAUGGGAAACUAUUCGUUACAUAGUACGCCUAGCAACUCACCUCUACUUAGCCAACGACACCCUAUAACAGGGGUGCCGAUUAUCAGCCAUAAAGAUCUCAUGAUGCACAAAGGUCUCAACGUUCCCCCGACGCCUUCACCCGACUCAGCCGUCCACUCUGCAUACAGUGUCUUCAGUUCGCCCACUCAGUCGCCUCUAACGCAGCGCCACGUAACCUUCACGCCCAAUCUCAGCAGAAACAACAGCGACGCCUCGCACUCGAGUUGCUGCAGCUACAGCAGCGUUUCCGUUUCUGUCUCGCCUACGCAACAGUUCUCGCCCACGCACAGCCCCAUACAGGGUCGGCAUAUGCCGAACUUUCAUAGCAGCCCACUACAUCAACACAGUUACAUAUACAGAAGUUUGCAGGAUGAAAAUUUACAGUAUUCCACAGAACAAGACACCUUGGAUGAAACUGAAGAUAAGUCUGGUAUAAUACAUGCAUCUCUUCCAGCCCAGCCAGGAAUAUCUAGGCAACAGCUUAUCAACAGCCCUUGUCCAAUCUGCGGCGACAAAAUUUCAGGCUUCCACUACGGCAUCUUCAGUUGCGAAUCGUGCAAAGGUUUCUUCAAGAGAACGGUACAAAACAGAAAAAACUACGUAUGUUUAAGAGGCGCCCAAUGUCCCGUAACCGUAGCAACGAGGAAAAAAUGUCCCGCUUGUCGAUUCGAAAAGUGUCUACAGUGCGGGAUGAAGCUAGAAGCCAUAAGAGAGGACAGAACGAGAGGCGGCAGAUCGACGUAUCAGUGCAGUUACUCGCUGCCGCCUUCACUUGCCAACCAUUCCGAAUUGAGAGCCAGUACGACGGAUCUGCGACAAAUGGGCGAAGGUCAUCAGAGUCUAACGGUCAAGUUGGAACCGCCCGAUCCUCAGGUGACUUCUGCUAAGAGGAGCAUGUUUCCUGGAUCUAAAGGUGUUCCUCCAUUAUUACAGGAAAUAAUGGAAGUCGAACACUUAUGGCACUACAACGAAUCCGAGCUGAACAAGCUGUAUACCGACGGUCAUCUGGGCAAAGAAGGUUCGAGCGGGGCGGUUCACAAUCUCUCCACUCACCCCCUUUUGGCCGGGACGGCACUGGCUGGUUCGGCAGACACGAGUCCCGACUUCGUGGCGAACCUCUGCAAUAUAGCCGAUCACCGGCUCUACAAAAUCGUCAAAUGGUGCAAGAGUCUUCCGUUGUUCAAGAAUAUUUCGAUUGACGAUCAAAUAUGUCUCCUGAUCAACUCCUGGUGCGAAUUACUCCUGUUCUCGUGUUGUUUUCGGUCGAUGUCCACACCUGGAGAAAUCAGAAUAUCCCUCGGGAAGAGUAUAACGUUGGCUCAGUCGCGAGAAAUGGGUAUGCAGGCGUGUAUAGAGCGAAUGCUUAAUUUUACUGAGCAACUGCGAAGAUUGCGAGUGGAUCAAUAUGAGUAUAUCGCUAUGAAGGUUAUAGUACUACUUACUUCAGACACUUCCGAGUUAAGGGAAGCUGAGAAAGUUAGGUUGUCCCAAGAAAAGGCCCUAAAAGCCUUGCAAGAUUAUACUUUAUCUCAUUAUCCGGAAAGUCCGGCUAAAUUUGGCGAACUACUUUUAAGGAUUCCCGAACUACAAAGAACAUGUCAGGUCGGUAAAGAAUUAUUGACGAUAAAAUCAAAAGACGGAGAUGGACCCAGUUUCAACCUCCUGAUGGAGCUCCUUAGGGGGGACCACUGAAAAUGUGCCUUAUAAGCUUGGGUGGCGGGCUCUCGUAUACUACAGACAGUAUUUUUUGCUUAAUCACUACUUAGCUUUAAGUGAAACUCUACGUACUUAGAAAACCGUGCUGGACACUUUAAAAAAAUGUCGGUAGUUUGGAUUUUUUCAAACGACCCCCUCACAGAGCAUCGUAUCAAAAUAAAACUGAAUAAGCGAAUAGAAAAACUUUCUUUUUUUCUCUCACGAAAAAAACGUUCGAAGUUUUUGUAUUUAAGACACAAUAAGUUUUUUUUUUUAAUUUAAAUAUUUGAGUAAAGUAGCUAUAUCAUAGAAAAUUUAGCGUAAUUUCAAAUG